CUGGAUGGCACUAUUACUUUAGGGUCAUGGCAUUGAUCAUAGCAGCGUUCAACACGCCUUUGCUGUUAUUCUGAAACAUCACCAGACCCAAGUACGCUGAUAGUGCCCCCCUGGAACACACACCACAUCCUGCAUCUCCUGUGUGAAGAUGGUGUGAAAAGAUGAUAGCUGAACCUACAGUCACCUCCAGGUCCUCAGUGCAGAAUGAGAACUUGGCUGUGGACACAAACCCACCUGGAGCUGUCCGUCACACAGUGGGCGGAGCCCGAAAUGAGAACAGAGAAAAGAGCGUGAGAGGGAAAAGGAGGGCACGGGAGGGCUCGGAGAAUGCCAAGCGCAGACACACCAAGACGACCAAUGGCGGCCUGGGUCGGGCGCAGAACAGCUACCCCAAACGGGGGGAUGUUGAGGCCGUCACCCUGUUUGAGGUAGUCACCAUGGGCAGGAGUGCCAUGCAGGCUGUAGUUGAUGACUGGAUUGAGGCAUACAUUGCGGACAGAGACUCUGCCCUCUUGGAUCUCGUCAGCUUCUUCAUCCAGUGCUCUGGUUGCAAAGGUUUGGUGACGGCUGAGAUGUUCCAAAGCAGAAAGGGCGACGUCAUGAGCAAGAUGGUGGAGGAAUUGGAUGAGUGUUCAGGGCUGCAGUAUAAGAAGUUCCUGGCCUUCCCCUGGAUCCUCACGGUCACAUGGCCCAUGGACAUGGACAGCGGGGAAUAUCCUCUCACCAUGACGGGUCCAUACUGGCGACGGUUCCGUAGUGAGUUCUGUGAGUUUGUGUCGGUGUUGGUAACCCAGUGCCAGUACAGCGUGAUCUUUGACAGCUACCUCAUGGAUACUGUAAUCUCUCUGCUCACCGAGCUGUCCGACUCCGGCGUACGAGCUUUCAGACACACCUGCACACUGGCAGCAAUGAAGUUGCUGAGCUCUCUGAUUGGAGUUGCCGUCAGCCUGACUGUUAGCAUAGAGAACAGCCAGCGACUGGGUGAGGUGGAGAGAGCCAAGACGUCUGGACGACGCAACUCAACUAGACUGGAGAGAAUUCAAAGGAAGGUCACAGAGCUACAGGAUAAAAGGGUGGAGAUAGAAAACAUGAUGGAUGCCAUAUUCAAAGGAGUCUUCCUGAAAAGAUACCGUGAUGUUCUUCCAGAUAUCCGAUCCGUGUGUAUGGAGGAGCUGGCAAUAUGGAUGAAACUUUACAGUCCGGUGUUUCUGACUGACAGCUACCUCAAAUACAUGGGCUGGAUGAUGCAUGACAAGCUACCUGAUGUGCGUCUGAAGUGUGUCUUGGGCCUACAGGGUCUAUAUGGAGACCCGGUCCUCCUGCCCAAACUAGACCUCUUCAACAGCCGCUUCAAGGACCGGUUGAUCUCCAUGACUCUUGAUAAGGACCAUGAGGUUGCAGUUCAGACCUUAAGACUACUCACACUCAUCUCCCAGUCAACGGAUGAUGUUCUCACUGCGGAGGACUACAAGCAGCUGUUCCAGCUGGUGUACUCCUCACACCGUCCACUGGCUGUCACUGCCGGAGAGCUGCUCUACACGCGGCUGAUAUGCUGCCCUGCUGAAACAACUGACCUCGGAGAGGGGACGAGUGAGCACCACAUACACACACAGCUGACGGCAGACAGAGUGAGGGCCCUGCUGCACUUCUACCAGGAUAGCGGGCUCCAUCAGCACAUGGUCUACCUGGUAGAUAGUCUUUGGGACUCUGCCAGCGCUAUGCUGAAAGACUGGCCGUCGCUUACCUCUUUACUGCUGCAGGAUGCCUCAACUCAAGGUCUUUGUGCAGGAGAGCAGUCGCUGGUUAUAGAGGUUUUGGUUGCGUCUGUGCGUCAGGCUGUAGAGGGACCCCUGCUGGCCGGAAGGAGCACAUGCAAGAGGAUUGUUAUUGCUAGAGAAAAGAAGACUCAGCUAGAUGACUGUGGUAGACUUACUGAACACUUUCUCAAGUUCCUGCCACAGCUACUGACAGAGUAUUCAGGGAGCCCAGAGAGUGCCGCAUCCCUGUUAAAGAUUCCUCAGUACUUCCACCCGGACUCUUCCAGUGCAGGAUCCCAACAGGCUUUGGCUGGAUUGCUGUCUGAGAUGGGAGCUGUUGUGGACCUCCACACGGACCCUGCGGUCCUGGAGGCAGCUGCCCGCUCGUACCUCAGCCUGUGCGGGGAGGAAACGGCCUGGCACUCCCUGGCUAGACCAGCCAGAGACACAGUGGUCCAAUGCUGGGUAGACAGACUGGCCAAGCUGAUGGGUGAUGCACUGCAGGACGGCAACUUCACAGCUGAUGAGGAUAGGACAGGGCAGAUGCUAUCCACACUGAAAAAACUCACUGCUUUCCACAAUGCCCAGGACCUCUCUGGCUGGGGUCUGUACGAGCAAGUCUCUCCUCUCCUCUCUGGAAACAUCCAGCAUGGUGGUUUACCCGCUGAGGUGACAGUGGAGGCCCUGCAGUGUGUAAGCUUCUCUGUUCUAUGGAACCUCAACACAAGUGGAGAAAAUCUGACUACACGGGUGAACACUGAUAUAACUGAGAAGGCAGUUGCCCAGAGGAGUAAGCUGAGGACGCUGUGCGAGAAGUGUCUACAUUGUCUCUCCCACGACAAUCAGAGAGUUAAGGAGCAGGCAUUUCUGUCUCUGUGCGAUGUCCUGACGGCCCACAACUACCAGGUCCACGUGUGGGAGCCCUCCUCUUAUGGCCCCCUACUCUACACCCCCGAUCCGAAACUUACGAAGGCGCUGCUUGCUUUUAUCCUGGAGCACGUUUUCACUGGACCGGAGUGUAGCAGUCACAGCAGGGGUAGUAAUGUAGAGUCCUCUGAAGGGAGGUUGGAGGAGCUCCACAGACGCAGGAACCUGUUGGCAGCCUACUGUAAACUCAUAGUUCACGGGGUGCUGGAGAUGAGUAUGGCUGCUGAGGUCUUCAUGUAUUACAUGAAGUAUUACAAUGACUUUGGUGACAUCAUAAAGGAGACCCUGAGCAGAACGAGGCAGAUGGAUAAGAUCGAGAGUGCCCGCACUUUAGUGCUUUGUCUGCAACAGUUGUUCCUGCGUCUGAAGCAGGAGCAGGACAGUGGAGUCGCCUGUAGCUUGGGGGUCCAAACCUUCAGCAGCAUCAAAGAAUUGGCCAGGCGCUUCUCUCUCACCUUUGGCUGGGACCAGACCAAGUCCAGAGAGUCUCUCGCUCUGAUUCACAGGGAUGGAAUAGAGUUUGUGUUCCAGGGCUUGGUCCAGAAAGCUGAGAGGCCUUCAUCUCCACACCUCUCCUACCUCACCAUCCUCAGCGAGUUCUCCAGCAAGCUCCUCAGACCAGACAAGAAAACUGUUCACUCCUACCUACAGAGGUAUGUGAAUGAACAGACCAUAAGCAACAGGGAGGAGUGUUGGCUGCCACUCAUCCAAUACAGAGCUUCCUUAUUGGCUACCGGGACAGAGGGGGAGGAUGCCGCUUCCUUCGUCAGCUCUGAUUCGCCGAAGCAGCCAUCUCUAGGUGAUCACUCGCGCUCACCCACUGUCAGAAACAGCCCUACUUAUGAUGGAGACAUGAAGGCACCUGCGGUCAUCUGUUCUGAGACCAAAGGAAGGAGGUCCAAUAGGGCAAGCAGUACCAGUACCAGCACCAGUACAAGCAAAGAGGAGAAGAUGCCAGGGGUGGAGCCUGGUACCGUUUUCAGGGAAACCCUCCCGACCAAACUGAUAUCAGAAGAGCAGUACAACACUAAUGAGGAACUGGAUGUGGACACUGUGGAGGUUGACCUAUGAUCUGAAUGAUGGAAGGCACUGGGGUACUGCAUAGGGGGAAGCAAUAUCACAAAAUAUCAAUAUAUGGAUGUCAGAAAUGUUGAGGUAGUACCAUUCACUACUACUAACCCAGUACCCACUGAUAUUGACACAGGUGGCUUGAGGUUGAGUCUGAACAGGAAUGGACAUCUGAAGUGAGGUUACUCCAGGUCGGUUAAAAACAAAUCAUUAUUUCUAAUUUGUAUUUAGUUUUUUUGGUGUUUUGGUACAAGGCAAGUCCAAUAAGAACCAAUAUUUGUUUUCAUUGACAGCCUUGCCAAAAGCUUACAGUUGCAGGAAAAUACACAGAACAUAACUAAUGUAACCAGAAAAGGAACCAGGCAAGCCUUGUUCAGCCGGCCCGUGAUUAGAAAGGAUGAAUGUUGUUGUCCCUGGCUGGUUUUGAUCCAUGGUUUUCUAUGUGGCAGACAGUGUCUUUAACCUUUAUGCUAUUUAAACAGGAGGAACAAAACCAUUACCUGAGCCAUUUGCUGAAAUAACGUGGAUAAGAGAAUGUUUAUUAGCGGAACUAAAGUCUACUAUUGUACAAAGAUUACUGUAGAUGGCGAGCUAAUAGCUAUACAGCCUACCUAAAAUGAAAAUAAUGACUCUAAUUACUCCGUGGCUGGUUAGUUUCUUUAGAAAACAAUCUAAAAUAUAAAAAAAAUAAAAAAAAUAUAAAACAGUAUAAAAGUGUCAUGUAAUACAAUUAUUCUCUUAAAUAUGAGAGAUUCAUGGUAUUACGGAGUGGAUAUAUGUUGUUGUGCGAUCGCUGAAAUGUACGAAAUGGAUAAAUAUUUCUAAGAGACAAAAAUUGGAACGUAUGAGAGGAGAAUCGAACUGGGGUCAAAACAUUGAAGGUCAGGGAUAAUACCACAAGUGCACAGGGCUUGCUGGUAGCCAGUCAACCUCUGUAUGGUCUUCAAAUGCCACUUUUAUCCCAGCCAUUACAUUUUUGCUGAAAUAACCUGAGCAAUAGAACAUUUAUUAAUGGAACUAAAGUGUACUUGUGAUCUAUAGGCUAUUGCCCCAAAAAGCAUGCACAGAUGUGAAAUCCACCAGAAAUUGUCACAAUAUAACCAUAACAGUUUUAUUUUAGGCUAACUAUAACACAGCUACUGAAGGUUGCAGCCAGCAAAGUUUUUGUCUAUUCUGAAUAAAUCCUAAUGUGUAAUUUGUUAUGUUUGCAGUGAGGCUGGAACACCGGACGCUUGCGUGGUAGGCUGCGUCAUUAGCCACUUUUUAACAAGGGGUAGUCACUCACUCACUCCCGAGACAUUCACUCUUCUUGGCCGGCUCCGCUUACGCGGUCCGGCAAAAAUGUAAUGAAAACAAAAACACUACUGUAUAUACUAGGGAAUAGAGAGUACAACAUGACAGGUGAACUAGUCUUGAGAGACCCUAGGGUGAGUUCUGCUGUUCAUAUCAGAAGUCCUCACUGUAUUUCCUAGAAAGCAUGGUGUUGACGCAUAUAGUUGUGAAGCUGUGAUACUAGAAGUGGGUCUUCUAUGACCUGUUGUAUUUAGUCUGUCGAUAGUCGUGACAGUUUUCCUCAGAGAACAGACUGCAACUGAGACAAUAGUAAGUUUAGACUUUACUCAGGUUAAAGCUCUGUGUUGUCUUUGCUUAACAAUAUAGUGCCUUAAGGAUAAGUGGUGCGUCUGUAUUGAGUUAAAACCAAUGUUGUAUGUGCUGGUGGCGUAAUAUUUGACCUCAACAACUUUAACUUCAAUUCAAUAGGAGCAAUGCUACUUCAAUGCCAAUAUAUCAUAUAUAGUACUGUUGUUUAAUGAACAUGUAAGGUCAUGAAAACAGUGAGGUUGAAGGAGAAUUACAAGAUUCAAAUGCAAAUUUGUCCAAGCCAGCAGAGAGGAUUGUGUUCUAGUUUAGUUACUGAGGGGAUAACUCAAACCUGUUUAUCUGUUUUUUUUUUUUAUUGUGUCCCAUUGCUUCCAUCAAUAAAUAUUACCCAUA